GGCAUACCGUGCAUGAAUUGUCGCAAGCAUACGACUGCGUGUUCGAUAGACAAAGAAACCGACCAGCGACGAAAAGCCCAUUUGAAGCACAGAUUGAUGGAACUUGAAGAGAUAUCUGACCUUUUGGAUGGGCUACUUGAGAUUCUCCGUGACGAGAACCGGAUAGGAAGAUCGGAUCUUAUCGGCCGCCUUGGAGGUAGCAAAUUCUUAGAUACUUUCUAUGGAAGCAUCUGGAGAAAAACAAGUCUACGCAAAGCUGCGAAUGAAUCGAGUAGUCAUACAGAACUACGAUAUUUUGGCGACUUUCCAACAGACUAUCACCAACCAUCCGACGAAAUUCGAAAAAUUUUCUCACCUGAAGCCGGCAACAGAGCUGCUUCUGUCGAUAAGUCUCGGAAAGAACCGCUUAAAAGUUCAAAUGAAGGCGCCUCUACACGGAAACCACCGUACGUAAGAUUGCCUAUGGACAUGACCAACAAUCGGAUUUGGAAUUCACUGUGCUCCUCCGGCCUUCGCCCACAUUUACAUAGACCGCAAGCUAAGUGUCAUCGUCGCGGUAUUGAGUCUCCUAUCCGGAAACAGGAUAAAGGUGGCCACCAUGGUGCUGUUUUCCCUCAGCCACAGUGCUUGGAGCCUCCUCUUUGCUUGCGGGAAAGAGACUUGGAUGUCGAAUUAUUACGUAAACUUUCGGUUAAAGUGUAGCGCUUGGGAUAGUACUAUGUUUGGUAACCGCCCCAGGGCAACAGUCCUUCAACAGGAGCUUACAGUUCUU